AUGAGCCUCGCGUCGCUCGAUGGGCCUGUUUCCCCGUCCGCCCCGCUCGUGCCUGGCGAAACCUAUUUUCUCACUCCGAGGCGCGCGCCCUCUCGCGAAGAGGCUUCUUCAAUCCGUUUCGCGAAGCCCCCUCCCGCGGCUUGGGCUGGCGCAUCCGCCUUCCGCGCGCCCGCUUCUCUCCCUCUGCGCAGCCCCCGCGCCGUGAGCGACGGUAACAUCCCGCUGAUGCGAGGCGGCGCCGCCGGUGGGUGGGCUUUGCGACGCGAUUUAGAGGCGAGCGUCGCGAACGUGUCGCUCAAUCAUGUCGCAACGUUUCCGACGACAGCGACGACAACGGCGGCGGUGGCGACGACAAUUGAGUCGAUUCAAACCGUCGGUGUGUGGUCGCGCGCAUCGUCGCCGUCGGCCGUCGAGUCGCCAAGUUGCGCCAGCGGCAGCAUGCAGAGCCGCGAAGAGACCCUCGAGACCUGCUUCGCCACGCAAGAAAGCUUCGGUUCGGGCCGAGGCAGCAGGUUUGGCUCGGGCCGGGCCGGCGACGACGAUGGGGAGUCAGAUUGGAGCCGAUGCGAUCAUUACGGGCCGUCAAUUUCGUUUAACGGCCGUCACGGCAGUUACUACACCGACAAUUUAAACGCGCUUGUGCUCCAAAAGUCGAGGACGUUCAGCGGCGCGGCGGCGCAGCGCAGCAGCGAGAACGGAUCUAGUAGACUCCACGCCAACGAGGUUCCGUCGCGAUGCCACGAGGCCCCUUCCCCGCAAGCCACGCCGAAUCCCAUCCUCGCCGAGUUGGCCGUUCUUGAGGAGGAACUUCCCCUUGAACUACCUCUUGAAGAGCCUGAAGAGCUUGCUGCGGCGGGCUUUGCCGCGUGGGGCAGCAGCCCCGCCACCACAGCUGCGACAUCUGGCGCGUCUGGCGCGUCUGGCGCGUCUGGCGCGUCUGGCGCGUCUGGCGCUCCCUGCGCUGCACCUCCCGCCGUCGCGGAGGCGGCGUCGCUGAAAGGCAAGGUGCUGGCGGCGCUCGCGCGCUUCACCCCGCGCCAACUGCGCCGCGCCGCGUCAGCUUCGUCGUCCGGCAAGGAAGCCAUGGCUACUACUGUUGCGCCUCUGCCUGGAAGCACGGAGUUCUCCAGGCGCAAUGCGGACCUUCCGCCGGUCGCAAUGGCUGCGGCUGCGUCUCAUCGUGGCUUCGGCCGCUCGGUGAUGAUGUGUGGUGAUGAUGCUGAGUCAGCACAGGGCUGGGUUGACGUGGAAGGUCCAGUGCUCAUGAUGACGGACACGCGCAUCGGCCAUCACGCACUGUCAGGUUCUAGAAGCAGCAGCGUAAUGACAGGGCGGCAGGGACGAUUCGCACAGCAGGAACGAUUCUCACAACAGGAACGGCAUCCUGAGAUCACUGGAAUGAAUGGGGCACAAUUUUCCACAGGACCUGCAGGAGGGAUUAACCCGUCUGCUCCUCGGGAACUCCAUCGCGCUCCUUCCCUUGAAGCUGCACAGCAGGGUGAAAACUCCUUUGAGCACUGUGACGAUGAGUGGCACAGGUAUGCUUAUGGGUUGACAGCUAGGCAGAGGGCGCAUGUCGGGCUAAGUGAGGACCUUGUGAGUAGGCAAAGCGGUGAUGCAGCAGCUAGAAACGAGUACUUCAUGCCUCCUGCUUGUGAGAGGUACCUCUCUGGACCUCCCCUCCUCCAAGCCACAUAUUAG